GCCGUUCCUCUUCAGAUCCAUCCAUCAUCCAUCCAUCAUCCAUCCAUCAUCCAUCCAUCCAUCAUCCAUCCAUCAUCAUGAGUGAUCAUCCUCCUCCGUAUCGUCCGUUCUUCCCUGACGAUUCGUCUCCCUCCAUGUUUCCUCCAGCUUUUUACUCACCGCCCACUGCUUUCCCCGGCUCCGCCUAUCAGACUUUCCCUCAGACCAUCGUCCAACCAGGACCCGCUGCACAGCAGGGGGCCUCGGUGAUGUCACCUGGUUACUAUGGCAACAAACACCAGGCCUCCCAUCCGGCGAAGCCCACAGUUCUGCUGAUGGAUCCUCGGACCAAUCAGCAGCCGGGCGGUAUCGGGUCGUACCUGGCCGCGUGUUCUGCUGCUCUGUGCUGCUGCUGCCUGUAUGACCUGCUGCACCGCUGACCAUCAUCACCUUCAUCAUCAUCCUCAGCAGUGACCAUGUGACCGUCCAGUCUGCUGACACCAGGAAUGUCCGACAUGUUUGGGUUUAAAACGACGUUAUUGUCAUUAAAGGUUCAGAGGAAAAUCCUGCUGUCUGAUUGGACAGCGAGCAGAAACAAACAUGGAGGAUGAUGACAUCAUCUGAAAGCAUUUUCUAACCACUCUCUGUUGGUGUCUCUUUGAUGAUUGACUAUUGAUCUUAUAUCAGAUUGGUCACAGCUGAUCUAUAAAGUGAUUGAUAGGUAA